AUGGUCCCGCCGAGCGCCCAUGUUCUGCUCGUUGUCGAUGCCGUGCAACUCGUCAUUCCCGUGGCUGUCAUCCACAACGUGUGUUUCUGGCCAGUGAAGUACUUGCGCUAUGUUGGGUACUGCGUCGCUGGCGCCCUCGGUGUGAUUCAGCUGGGUGGGGAGGUUGUGGCGGAUGACGGGGUAUUGGAAGAGGAGAAGUUGGCCUUGUCUCCCUCUAUAAAAUCCCCAACACCUACUCUCUCCACCCUUCGCGCUCAACUAACCUCGCGUGACGGCCGAUGUGUCUUUUCCAGCACACAACUCCCUGACAUUGCCUUCCUCGCGCCAAACAAGACCACCGACCCAACAGCCGCCAACACGCUCUCCGUCAGCCCGUCCAUCCGUGCCCUGCUCAACGCCAGUAAAUUCGGCGUGAUCAAGACACCCAAUGCCAUACUCGAUAGCACGGAUGUCCGGCCCGCCCCGCCCCGGAGCCUGCCGCCAGAAAUGCGCUUCCCUGCCGACGCGCGGUAUCACCUACAUUGGCUGGUCGAGCAUUGA